GAAACGAGUGCUAUGCCAAUUUUCAACCUUAGAAUUAGUAAGGUUUUCAGACGACUAAAAUAAUUUGCGGUCAAUAAAUUUCUAUGCAAGAUAUUAUAAAGGAAGAAAAUAUUAAACUUCUUACAAUACAAUAAGUUUGAGAAGAAGAAGAGAAAACAAAAGAUGAACAACAUUAUUAUCCUAUUUGUGACAUUUCUUGCUCUUUCUUCUUCAUCUCGAGCAGCAGAUGAGACAGAGACUGCGUUCCAUUACAAAAAAGGAGCACUAGCCGAUCCAUCGAAAUGGAGCAUGACCAAGAAAGAAUGGAAAAUUUGCGGGACGGGGAAGAGGCAAUCACCAAUCGAUCUUUCUCCAGGAAUAGCUCGCCUAGUUCACAAUUCUACAAAGCUUAUUCAGACAUAUUACAAACCAGUUGAAGCUACUCUUAAAAACCGUGGAUACGACAUCAUGGUUUCAUGGGAUGACGACGCAGGGAAGAUUGUGAUCAAUAAUACUGACUAUCAAUUGGUUCAAAGCCAUUGGCACGCACCUUCAGAACAUUUCCUCAAUGGAGAAAGGUUGGCCAUGGAACUUCACAUGGUACAUAAAAGUGAAGCAGGACACUUAGCAGUUAUUGGAGUUCUCUUCCGAGAAGGUGAACCGAAUGCUUUCAUUUCAAGGAUAAUGGGAAAGAUCAAUACGAUCGCAAACAUCCAAGAUGGCGAGGCGACCAUAGGAAGGCUACACCCAAAAGAUUUCGGAUGGGAUCUUACAAAAUUCUAUGAAUAUCGUGGAUCUCUCACCACUCCUCCUUGCACUGAAGAUGUCAUCUGGACCAUCAUCAACAAGGUGGGGACUGUUUCACGUGAGCAGAUUAAAGUAUUAGUCGAUGCUCGCCGCGGUGGUUAUGAGGAAAACGCAAGACCGGCUCAGCCGCUGAAUAAACGUGUGGUUUAUCUAAACGAACAGCAUGUCAGAUCAACUCCAAGCUCCCAAAAACAAAUUCAUAUAUAAAUGAACUUUGAAGAUGUUUGUGGAUUGGCUGCUCCAUUACUAUUUUUUUCUUACAGCGUUUAAAUAUAUUUUUAUUAAAAGAUUAAAACAAAUUAAGCAAAGUGAUAUAUCAAUGUGUAUAACAUUUUGUAUAUAUAUGUAUUAACAGCAAAUAUAUAAUACUCAACCAUAACAUGAGUUGAUUGAUUCUUUUAUACCA